ACUGUCAGUUGAAAGGAUUGAUUUGUCUUUCAAACAAUUUUAUUUGUAUACAAUAUUUGCAGAGUAUAAAUUGAAGCAAUGGAAAAGUGCUGCCGCGUUUGCAGAGAUAACACAAACAAAUUAGUGGACAUCUUUGACGAACAUGCAGCGCUGGAGAACGAGCCCAGCCUGGCCGAAAUGCUGGCCGACUGCACCAGCUGCGAGGUAAACAAAGAUGAUGCACUGCCUCAACAAAUGUGCGAAUCCUGCAUUGCGGAUGCACGCCAUUUCUAUGAAUUCAAGCGUAAGUGCGAGGAGAGUCAACAGUAUUUCUGGCAAAUGCUCGACACGAACAAUAUGCAGCUGGCCGAAUGGGCUGAGGAUAUGAUCUCAGUGAAAAUUGAAGAGCCGCAAAUUGAGGAUUUGACUGAUGAAAUGGACAAAUGUGAGUACACAGAUGUGCAGACCAAAGUCGAGGACACCUGGAACUCGGACAUCUAUUCGGCAUGCCAGUUUAAAAUCGAGUGUGAUGUGAUCUGUGAGACAAAUAGCGAAAACUUUACCCUGGACGAGUCGGUACCCAGCAAGAACCCAACAAAUUGCUGCUCCACCUGUGGCAAGGAAUUCCUGAGCAAAAGGAAACUCAUACAGCACGAGCGUUUUCAUGCCCGCAAGCGUGAGCACAAGUGCCAGAUGUGCCCCAAGGAGUUUGUCAAUCCCGGCAAUCUGGCGGACCACAUCCGCGCCCAUACGGGUGAGCGACCCUACAAAUGUCCGCAUUGCGUGAAAGCCUUCACCCAGCGCGGCCGGCUCAAUGAACACAUUCGGACACACACAGGCGAACGGCCCUUCAAGUGCCUGGAGUGCCCCAAGACCUUUGCCAAUGCUGGCAAUCUAACGGUACACAAGCGAAUCCAUACGGGAAAGCGCCCGUACAAGUGCAACCAGUGCCAGGCAUCAUAUGUCCAGCCGGGUGCCCUGCAAAGGCAUCGCCGGGUGCAUCUAACCGACAAGCGGCCCUUCAAGUGUGUCAUCUGCCUGAUGCCAUUCCUCAAGAGCUCCUAUCUCAAGCGACACAUGAACAGCCACACCGAUGAUCCGAACUUCCUGAAGGGUAUGGGUGUGAAUCUCAGUUGAAUGUGAACAAAUGUUGAAGCUCAAAAAUAUUUGUGCUAUCGUUUAUGGAAACCCUUUAAGAAUUAUUAAAGAAAAUCAAAAAGAAGGAUCUAUAUGUGAACUUAUACAAAAGAUUUGCAAAAUCUUUAAUAUUUCAAAAAAAAAAAAAUUUUUUUAAGAAAUCUGAAAUAUCCUAGCUGGCAUCUCACAGAAAAUAAGAGAAAAAUAAGAUCUGAAUGUGAACAUAUUUAUAAAUCAAUUAUAUGAUAAACAUAUUUCCCCAUAAUUCAACAAAUCUAAAAUAUCUCCAAGCAUUUGAGGACUAGAACAGAAAAUUGUAUGGAAUUGUAAAUUGUAUAUUUAAAAAUCAAUUAUAACAAAUAACUUGUGAAUGUUCUUAAUAUCUGCAUAAAUGUUAAAACCUAUUUUUAUGAAUCAACUAAGAGUUUACAUUACAUAAAGUUUCUACUCGAAGCUGAAGAAGCACACCAUAAAAAAUAUGUUAAUUAAUCUAUAUUAUUUCCAACAAUUUUAAAUAUUUAUGAAUUGUCCAAAAUCUUUUAACUACUCUUGAAGAAAAUUUCUAUACAAUUUCUGAUAAAAACAAAACAAUUGUUAGGAAUGACUAGCUUAUAGUUUACAUUUUUGGAAACACUAACAAAUUGGAAAAUUUUUAAUAAUGUAUAUCAAUAAUUUUAAGCAAAUUUUAAUAAAAUUAUUUUUGUAAAAUUUUCUACAAUAUGAGAUUAGCUAAUCUUCUGAAUUUUAUCAUUCCAAAAAUUCGCUAAAAUAUGUGCAAAAUAUUGAGCACAUUGUACUAAUUUAUAUAAAAAAAAGUUUAAUGUAAAUUAAAUUAUUUGACAACUUUGAAAUAUGUUUAAGCAAGGUUUUUAGAUUAGAAAUCCAAAAUAUUUGUUAUUUGUGUAACUGAGUGUAUUUCACAAAAUCUAGCUUAGGAUCUUACGUAUUAUACAUAAACAUAAACAUUUUAAAUAUUUUUUAAGUGUAUGAACUCUAUUAACCGUUGCUUUUAUAGAGCUAAUAGUAUUUCAUAAAAUAUGUAAAGUACGUAAUUUGGUAAAUCGACUUCAAUCAUCUUUCAUAUUUUAAAUAUUUCUUUAACAUGCAAAUAUAUUUAUAUAAAAUAAACAAACAAAACACAGAA